UGAGCGUAUGCGUCUUCGUGCUGAGAUUCCACAGCUUGUUCUUCUUGGGUCCGGACGGCUCAAAUAUGCCGUUUGGGGUCAAAUAUUCGACCAAUUUGAGACAGGAACACUUGCGACUGUGUCCUCGAACUAGGCAACAGCCCACAUGCACAGUGGUAGAGCGUCAGGAAGGUCGGUGCAAAAUGGAUCUUCCCGGAACCACUUCGGAUAGUUGGAGAUGGCAUGUACACACGCCCCUGCGGGUCGUAGUGUAGAUCGCGUUCAGAAAGUCAGUAAGGAUUGUCCGUAGUGCAGUCCAUGCCAUGGAUAGCGCAAACAGCGUACCGAAUGUCUGUCUAUUUCCAGCAGCAAGAUCGCCGAGGAUACCGAUGUUUGCUGAGAUGUACUCGCGCGUGCCGACGAUCGCAACGGGAGUCUGCCUGAACUCUUCUGCGUCCC